AUGGGUGAUGAUAAAGCCCUUGGGCCAGAUGGUUUUAUUGUUAAAUUUUUUCGAAAGGCCUGGGAAAUUGUGGGUUUUGAUGUGGUGGAUGCAAUCCGUGAUUUCUUCUCUACGGUCAUUACUAAGAUCCUGGCCAAUAGGAUUAAGCUAGUGCUUGCGGGUUUGGUGGAUAAAGCUCAAGCAACUUUUGUGCUUGGGAGGACUAUUACUGAUAAUGUCCUUCUAUCCCAAGAGUUAGUUUUUCAAUACCAUCUCCAUAAGGGUCCUCUUCGCUGUGCGAUGAAGGUGGAUUUAGCUAAAGCGUAUGAUGUAGUGGAAUGGGAUUUCCUCCUAGCUAAUGGAGGUCAAGGUUUAAGGCAAAGGGACCCCCUUUCCCCUUACCUAUUUGUUCUUGUGAUGCAAGUCUUACAUGGUAUUGUGUGCCAAAGUACGACAAAUUCAAACUUACAGUUUCAUUGGAAAUACGAGCAGUUUCGGCUUGUAAUGCUUAUGUUUGUAGACGAUCUGCUUCUAUUCUCUCAUGGAGACCCUGAUUCUGUGAGGUUAUUGAAGUCUUGCUUGGAGAGGUUUUCUGCUAUGUCUGGUCUUAAAGCUAACUUUUCGAAGAGUGAUUGCUUUAUUUCAUGUACAGAUGAAGCUUUGAGAGAAGAUUUGUUUAAUGCCUCGGGGUUCUGA